AUGGCUCUCAAGAGACCUCGAGAUGAUUCGACGGCCGAAGGGAUGUCCACGAAGAAACAAAAAUCUACCGGCUUUUCUGUUGGACCUGCAAAUCUUCCAGAUGGCACCUACAGAAGAAAAACACAAAAAAUUAAAAAGGACCUCAUAGCAAAAGCAAAGGUCAAGAAAGCCUAUGCCAAAGUCAAAGCCCAAGAAAAGGAAAGGGAGGAGGAAGUACAACACCGCUUAGCCAAUGCCGACUCUUCCAACGAUGCAGUUGAACCUAUCCCUGCCAGUCUCGAACUUCACCCAGAUCGCCAGGCUAUGGUUGAUGCAAGUCAAACACGUGAAUCUUAUUCUUACUCCAGUCGAGAUCCCUCUUUGGACAAACCAUACUUUCGUGUCCGCCAGCCGAGACAGUCACGCUAUCAGAAAGAACUAGAGCUUGGUGCACAAAGAAGGGCUCAGAUAGAGUCACAAAAGAAGGCCAGUGAGGCACGGCACAAGGAUCGCAGAGCCAUGGCCAAAGCAAAGCGUCCUGGCAAGGAUGGCAAAAUGAAACUAGGUCGCCAAGGUACAGCCCUAUUGAGCCGCAUUAAGAGACUGGCCGAUCAGGGUAACAUAUGA